GUUAUCAUCUGAAGAGACUUGGAGCACCUGAAGCUUCGGGUGUCUGUUCCGGCAGACAUGAGGGCUCUCCACGAUGAGCGCACUUGGCUCUCCCUUCGCCGCCUCCUAGUGCGUCUCGGCAAUCACUGCCGUGCCCAAAUGUGGCUCUGCCCAGGCAUCAGGAUGUGAAAAUCAAAGUUAGGCACUGGAUACUGUUGCUGUCAGCUGUUGAUACUGAAGCUGAAGCUGAAUUUCCCCUUCUGCAUUCAACACACCAGCCUGGAUGUUAACUAAUGCUCACCUACUACUCUGUCCAGGAAAAACAGCUUCUCAUUUUAAGACAACAGACUUUCAUUUUCAGUCCAAACAGUGAUUUUUUUUUUUUUUUUUUUUGGUUCAGAGAACAUUCAAAGACUUCCUAAAUCAUGCACCCCCAUCUGUCCCAUGUAUCCAUAAUGCAGUGGCUUGCACCAGCUGCAUGAAAACAGUCAGUUUUAACAUCAUUAUUUUCAAGAUGGAUCACCCGAUUUCAGCUCAGUAGGUUUCGUUUGCAUAUAUUAUAUUUCUCUUUCAGUAUUUCUGCAUGCAACUUGUCGUUUUAUUUUCCUUGAUGCAUUGCCAACGUAAUGGCUCGUUUGGUCGAGGCAUCAUCAUUCAAAUUAUGUUUUGACAAGACAGGCUUAAUGUGAUCAUUACUCUAAUGGCUUUUAUGAGAAUGGCCUGAUAGCACCUUUCUCUUGUAGUCAACUUAAAUAGUUGUGCGCUUCAGUCUACCUUUUUUACACAGAACAGUUUUGAGUACCAGCAUUGUAUUGGAACUAAUGAUUCCUGUGCUGGACAAUAUGACCCCAGCUCCUCUGACACAGAACUGCUCCAACUGCAGCCAUGUUUUAGUCCCAGAGGUCAAUGUGGUCAAGGCUGUGGUGUUGGGUCUGGUGCUUGGUCUCUUCAUUGGGUUUGGAGUAGUGGGAAACAUUCUGGUAAUCCUCUCAGUGGUUUGCCAUCGACACCUGCGGACAGUCACGCAUUAUUUUAUAGUUAAUCUGGCAGUGGCAGAUUUGCUGCUGAGCUCCACUGUACUGCCUUUCUCUGCCAUUUUGGAAAUCCUGGAUCGGUGGGUGUUUGGACGGGCUUUUUGUAAUGUUUGGGCAGCUGUGGAUGUGCUCUGCUGCACGGCUUCCAUCAUGAGCCUCUGUGUAAUAUCUGUGGACCGCUACAUUGGAGUAAGCUACCCUCUGCGUUACCCAGCAAUAGUCACAAAACGCAGGGCUUUUUUGGCAGUGAUGCUGCUGUGGGUGCUGUCUGUCAUCAUAUCUAUUGGACCUUUGUUUGGCUGGAAAGAGGCACCGCCUGAGGACGAGUCCAUUUGUAAGAUCACAGAGGAGCCAGGCUACGCGAUCUUCUCUGCUGUGGGCUCCUUCUAUCUUCCUUUGGCCAUCAUAUUGGUAAUGUACUGUCGGGUCUAUGUGGUAGCUCACAGAGAGAGCCAGGGGCUGAGAGAGGGCCACAAGACAGAGAUGGCAGAUUCAGAGCAGGUGAUUCUCAGGAUACACCGAGGCAACACGAAUGUAUCAGACGACGAGGCCCUUCGCAACCGCACACAUUUUGCUCUGAAGCUGCUGAAAUUCUCUCGUGAGAAGAAGGCUGCCAAGACCUUGGGCAUUGUGGUUGGCUGCUUUGUGUUGUGCUGGCUCCCCUUUUUCCUGGUGCUACCCAUCGGUUCCAUUUUCCCUGCAUACAGACCUUCAGACACCGUCUUCAAGAUCACCUUCUGGCUCGGUUACUUCAACAGCUGCAUCAACCCCAUCAUUUACCCAUGCUCCAACCAGGAGUUUAAGAAAGCUUUCCAGAGUUUACUUGGAAUUCACUGUUUGAGUACGACUCCCAGACCACACCACCAUCAUCAGAGUCAGACACAGGGUCACGGCCAGCCCCUCACCCUGGGCCUCGACAGCAGGGGGCCUCCUUCUCGGCUCAGCCCCUCCUCCUCGAUGGCCCUCUCGAGAACUCCUUCUUCCAGGGACAGCAGGGAAUGGAAGGUCUUUUCCGGAGCUCCAACGGGUGAAUCUGGACCAGCUGAAACAAGCAGAGCAAAAGUGGCCAAACUCUGCAAUAAAAGCUUACAGCGGACCUGCUGCUGCAUCCUCAGGGCUGGCACCCCGCCACAGGAGUCCAACUGCAGCCAGCCCCCCUCUGCCAGGAACCUUCCCACCAUUAAAAUCCACCAACUGUCCCUAUCUGAAAAAGGAGAGCCUGUAUAACCACUGCACUGCUUCACCUAUUUGUCAUGAGUAUCUUUUCAAAGUCACACAUGAGAGUAAAUGCCCUUUCGCUCUGUUAACAUCACAAAGGAAUGAGCUGGUGGUGUAAUAAUGGCUGCUUUUAAAUUUAAAUUUCAAAUUUCAUCUCAGCUUUGAGAGCAUUCUGUGAUUAUUAUUUUUUUUUAUCUUGAUGUUACACUGUCAGAAAUGUAACCACAAUAAAGUAUAUCCUCCCCUCCCCCCCUGACACCACCAUAAUAAAGGGACUUUUUUAGCUUUUUACAGCUUGGGAUCAAUGAAAAUAAGGGAAGUUACCAAAUCUGGGAAGGACUCCUAUGAAGAAAAACCAAAAAGAGCAAAAGAUUUCUAUAUGUUUACACCUUUUUUUAUUGUCCAGAAAAGGCCGUUUAAAUGUCAGAAGUCGUGACAAGGAAAACCUUUAAUAUUGCAUGAUUUCAACACUAAUUUCAAAAUGCUGAUCGAUCGGUGCUGCUCCUGUUGUUUCCAGAUUUUGCUUACUGCUCCUGUGGUGAAAAUGUUGUUUGUGUACUACUCUGUACACAGUGGAAACCAAGGGACCUCACAUAUUUCUCUGUCACAUACAAUAAAUUUGUAAGACAUACUCCU